CAUAUGCAGAUAUGUAAAAAAAAACUAAGAGGUAACCAAACUUUUUCGUGUUUUUAUUUUUUAAUCUGUGAUUUAAUCUGAUUUAAUGUUUUAUGCACUAUGGUAAUAGUGCUAAUAGUUUAAUAUUUAAUAAUAAUCAACAGCAGAAAUGGCAUUAACAGAAGCUGAGAAGCGACCAGAAAAGAAAGAGAAGCCUCUUACUAAAGUCGUAAUUCGUAGACUUCCUCCGACAAUGACACAAGAGCAGUUCUUAAAUCAAGUAUCUCCAGUGCCCGAUUACAAUUAUCUUUACUAUGUUAAGGGAGACAUGACAUUGGGUGAAAAUGCUUUUGCUAGAGCCUACAUAAACUUUGUAUGUCCAGAAGAUGUGUACAGCUUUAAGGAGAGAUUUGAUAACUAUGUAUUUGUGGAUACCAAAGGUCACGAAUAUGCUGCUGUUGUUGAAUUUGCUCCAUUUCAAAAGAUUCCUAAGAAACGGGGUAAAAAUAGAAUGGAUCCGAAAUGUAACACGAUCGAAUCAGAUUCUUAUUAUUUGGAUUUUGUGGCUAUACUAAGUAAACCAGUUGAGCAAGAUGAAAAACCUGAAUAUACACUACAAUUAAAUGAAAGAAGCGAAGAGAAGAAAGAUACCACUACACCAUUGUUAGAGUAUAUUAAAAAUAAAAGAGCUCAUCGUUUGAAGAUAAGAGAAGUGAGAAGAGAAGAAAGGGAAAGAAGAAAAAAGGAGUUUGAAAAAAGAAAAGAUUAUAAACAUGAAGGAAGGUAUUACGAUGAGAAAAAAUAUGAUGAAAGAUCUCCAGCUAAAGUAAAUAGAUUCCAGCAAUCUAAACCAAGAAAUGAACCAAGUAAUGAUAAAAGUAAGUUUGAUAAUCCCGAUGACAAAAUUGAGAAAUCUCCAAUAGAAAAAGUUUCUGGAAUUAAACCCAAAGAAAAGAAGUUUGAGGAUAGAAAAGAGAGAAAAGAAAUCAAACCAAGAUUUCCUAAAAAAGAAUAUGUUGAUAACAGAGAUUUUAAGCGUGAAGAUUAUUCUCAUAGAGAAUACAGAUCUAAACAUUAUGAUGACUACAAAAGAGAAGAUAGUAAAACUUUUCCAAAGAAAGUAAAGAAGUACAGCGAAAAAAGAGAAGAAAGAAGAAUGGAAGCACAAAAAGCUGAAUUAAAAAAGCAGGAACAGAAAGAAAAAGAAUAUAAAGAUGUACCACCAAAAAUCCAGGGUUCUUCAGAUAAUCUUUCUAAUAAUGAAAAAAUAGACACUCCUGAGCCUAAAGAUUGUGAAGAAGAACCAAAGUCACUACAAAAAGAAGCAAAUUUAGAGAAAGAAAAGGACAAAGAUGAUAAAUUAAAGGAUUUAGAUAGAGGUGAAAGUAACUCAAGAAGAAUUCGAAAUAAAGAUCGUCCUACAAUUCCACUAUAUAGGCCGGGGAUGCUAUCAAGAAGAAAACAAAAUGAUGAUGAAGUAGUGAUAAAGCCUGAGGAUAAAAAAGAUUAGUAAUUUUGAUAUAUUCUUUAUUCAGUGUUCAAUAAUUAAUGUAUAAUAUUAUACUAAUAAAUAAAUAUACUACUGACU